CAACUGUUCAUGUUGUUUCUGGGGUCACAACCACCGCAGCGAUGCGUGUUCGGGACAAACGCUGUUUUAUAAAUAUCUCGGCAACCAUUGCUUGAUUUAAAUAGUUCGGGACUCGUGGGGAACCCAAAUAAACAAAAACAGAAUGUGUGGCGGGCCGGUAAACAAUUAGCUGCGGGCCGCAAAUUGCCCCCAGGCCGCACUUUGGACACCCCUGGAUAAGUGUUAUCCAAACAGGGGACGUAGCUCCGCCCCCUCGGAAGGCAUACAAAUGUUCUCAGGGAUCCCGCCCGCACCAGACUCAGGCGCUUUGGAUGCACUCGGCGGUUCUUUCUUCGUCCUCCUCGUCUGCUGCUCAGUCUCAAACCCCAGGAGAACAAGGAGCGGUAAUGACGGACGCGACGACCCGACAGUCCUGCCCAGUCCCGGACUUGACCAUCGUGGACCUGGCUCGGAACGGCCAGUGCGCCCCGGACGGCGUCGCCAACAACCACCAUCAGCAUGCGAGGAGCCCCAUCCAGCCCGAGGCGCUCACCUCCGGCCAGGAGAUGAAGAUAACCGACAGCGUGGAGGGAGAAGGCCUCCUAGAGAGCAGCCUGCGUCUGAAACCUCAUGAGGCUCAGAACUACAGAAAGAAGGCCCUCUGGGUCUCAUGGAUCUCCAUUGUGGUCACUCUCAUCCUGGCUGUGACGGCAUUCACUGUUUCCUUCAUGAGGCACAGUGCAUCAGCCUUUGGAUUUGCCUUUGACGCCACCUUGGAUAUUCUGUCAUCAAUCAUUGUCCUCUGGCGCUACAGCAAUGCAGCUGCUGUGUAUUCUGCACACCGGGAGUACCUAGCAUGUGUAGUCCUUGGUGUUUUGUUUCUGCUCUGCUCCUUCUGCAUCCUUGGAAAGGCCAUCCAUAAUCUGGUCACCAGGAUGCCCCCGGAAGUGGAUGACUUCCUCUUCAGUGUGUCCAUCUUGAGUGGAUUUGUGUGUACUCUGCUGGCUAUUGUCAAGUUCAUGUUGGGAAGAGUGCUGACCAGUCGUGCUCUCAUCACUGACGGGUUCAACUCUCUGGUCGGCGGCAUCAUGGGAUUUUCUAUACUGAUCAGUGCCCAAGUCUACAAGGACCAUCCUGAUGUUUGGUUCCUGGAUGGCAUCAUUGGCGUUCUCAUUGGACUCAUCCUUUUGGCAUAUGGGGUCAAACUUUUGAAGGACAUGGUGCCCCGUGUGAGACAAACAAGGAACUACGAGCGAUUCGAGUGAGCUUCCUCAACCGUUCGACCGGCUGCCCCCUGCUGUCGUCUCCCUCACUUUCUUACGCACUUCUAUAGUGCUGUCUUGCACAUGCACAUGGGCGCUACGUGCAUACUUCCUUGCCAUUACACACAC